AUGGCGGCGCUGCCUGUCCUCGUGGCGCUUCUCUCUCUUGUCUCUCUGUCGCAAUCAGGUGCGCGCCUCCACGCACCCUCUCCGGAUCGCCGUCGUGCGGCCGCUGCCGCGGAUUUUCACCCGCCGUGCCUCCUCCCCCAAGUGACGAUCAACGUAACGCGCGAGUCCCACCUCUACCUUCGAAAGAACUACCCCGCCAAUCAGUACGUGACGAUGGUGCUGCAGGCGAGCAUACAGCUGACAGACACGUUUGUGAUGGACGCUAAGUUCAGCUGCACUGUCUUCCGCUCUGCCACAGACCGCGGCUUUGACCUCAUCUCACCCUCCGUCAACACCAUGGUAACGAAAAUCGUCAACACCAACAAUGUGCUAGUGAUUGGGGUAAAUUUCAAGAUGCCCGUUUCGACUGUCAGGCAGUUGGACUGUAACUACAUUGAGACGCGCUAUCGUGACUACAUCGGCAAAUACGCUUGCCCUGCUGUGUGGCUGUACCGAGUAUGGGGUGUACAAGUGGUGCAGGGCAACGUGUAUGGGCGAGUUGAGGUGGCGAGAGCAAAUCGCUCGCGGAUCGACUCGAUGAACGUGCUCGUGAAGGCAACGAAUCAGCCCGGAGCCAUUGUGGUGAUGCUGUCAGGGGACGGACCCAACCUCAUCCGCAGUGAGGUGGUUAUUUCUAACAACAACAUCCGGACAGAGGGCACCAUGGGCCAGGGCGCCACUGUUGGCAUAAUGCUAUAUCGGGGAGCAGUGGGAGUGGACGUCAUCGGCAAUCGCAUAUCGCACUUCUCCCUUGCAAGCCUGCAGCUGGGGUGGGGGCAGAGCAACGUGGGAGACGCAAUGCUCUCCCUGGUCACCAAAAACGAUAUCGUUCACGGGUUCGGGCAGCUGGGGGAUAGUGCGGGUAUUUACCUCGACACGCACUGGGUAAACCCCGGGAAUGUCCUCCGAUGCAACUACGUGCAGCGGGGCGGGCACUGCUUGUAUCUCGACUGGGUGUCGUCUGGAACGGUCGUGGAUGGGCUCGUGUGUGAGCAGACUGCCGAUGGGAUGAAGCUUAACACGGGCAAGAAUAACGAGGUGCGCGGAAUGGUGAUUAUAGACAGCAAGGAGCCGCUAGCAGGGUACAUCUCGUGCCAGAAUUACGGAGUGAACAACUGCGACAAGCCCAACGGGAUCAAGUGGAACAACGACCUGCUCACCUACUACCAGACGCCAGGGAUCAAGAAGCUCUUCCCAUUCCUCACCAACUUCUGCAAAAAGACCUCCAUCAAUAAAAUCAACUGCAACGAAGGCAGUUCGUCCACUCCCGGGCCUUCCGCCACAGGCAGAUGUUCCGGGCUGCCCACCGAAAACAUUGCCGAGAUCGUAACAGCCACGACUGAUAAUUCCACCCGCCUUGUUAUCAUCCAUUCCAACUGCGCUCCUUUCACCGCCGUGCCCAAGUUAAACAAGCUGACCUACCUGCCCGUGAAACUUGGCGCUGCGGGGUUCAAGAGCGUGAAGAACCGUGACUACAGCCUGAUUUCCGCUUCGCCAAUUCUGAAAAAGUUUUCUUCUUUUCGGAGCUGCCCGGUGAACGAGAUUGGCCCGCAGAACGUGUCCUACGCUACAUAUUUCAACCUUUUCAACCUCGCUAUGCCAGUCAUGAAGCCGAUCGCCGCCAAGCCUGCGUCCAUUGCAAAGCCCGGGAGCAUAUCAAGCCUUGCGGUCUAUGGAGGCGGGGAAGUGUCUGGUGAUGUGACGCUACAACCGAAUCCAUAUGCUACAACCAAGUGGAGUGCGGAGCUGGAACGGGAGCUCCGCCCUGAUUUUAUGCUGACAAUGCGAAAAUGGUUGAGGUUCUAUGCUCGUCACAGUGGCCGCCAAGCAGCAUGGCGGCAAAAGGUGGAACGUUGA